AUGGAUCAGGCUGUUCGUGCCGUGAUGAACCUUGGAGAUGCUCUGGUGCUUAUCGAUGGCAUGGUGCAUUGCGGAGGCGCCAAUAUUACAGAAACCGAGUUCACUCCGCUAGAGAAGGCUUCUUGGAUGGGCAAGUCAACGAUCCUCUGCGCCACGUGA